UUGACAUGGAGGAUGAUGAUGGGACUUGUCUACUUGAUGUUUUGUGUGACCCUCAAGCCCUGAACGACUUCCUUCAUGGGACCAAUGAGCUGCCGACUGAAGACCUGCUCAUUAACUCCUCCUCUGGGGAGGCGUCCCUCUUCACAGAUGCCCCGAGCCCAGGGUCUCUGCUCGGAGAUGGGGUGGGCUCUCCAGACUCGCCCACGCCCGGCUGUGUGGACCUGUCGUUUUUGGAGGAGGCGCUCCUGUCCUCUCCAGAGGCAGCAGAAGACCCUCCGCUGGGGCCCAUGGGGACCCCCGCAGAGCUGGAACCCAAAAAGGCCCCUGUGGAGGAGGCAGAGGAGGCGCAGGUGGCCUGUGAUAUUCUCCAGCAGAGUCUGCAGGAGGCAGAUAUCACUGAGCAGACCAUGGCUCUGGAGGCAGGCCUGGUGCAGAGUGGAGACAGUCUAUCACUCUACUCACCCGCCCCUCUGCUGUCCCCCGUCCCUUUUGUGUCUAAAUCUGUGAGCUUACCUGUGGCCCCCGUCCUGCCCAGAGACACCCAGGCAGCAGUGGACCCUCCCCAGCCCUCUCUGUUGGCCGUGGGGCCUGGAUGUCCUUCACUCAAACCAACUGCGCCCCCUCAGCUCAUGGGCCUUCUGCCUGGAAAUGUAUUUCCCGCUGCUUCUCCCGAAAUCUCCCUGAGUCCAGCCAACGGCUCCAGUAUGAUCAUCCACAAAGCCCUGCCCACUGCCCCACCCCGGCCCAUUAUCGCCCAGACUCUGAGAGCAGCUGCAGCACCCCCUUCUGGCAUAGUUUUACAGCGCACUCCGCUGGCCAUCCAGCCCAAACUGCCCAUCACCAUCCAGCCGAGAUUAGUUCAGAUCAGCCCAAAGCCUUCAGCACAGAAGCCAGCACCUGGUCUGACCUUUGUUUCUGGCACAGCCUCCCCAAACAUUCUUCUGUCCCAACCAGCUGCCCAAAAGCCUGCCCCAGUCCCACAGUCUGCCCCACAACUUCCCAAACCAGUCAGUCUGCAGCUUGUCAACCAAGCGGGCUCCUUCGUGCUGCAGCCUCACGGCCUCUUCCAUGGACAGAACCAGUUGCUUCUUCCAGGACAGUCUCCUGUCACGCUCCCACAACACGCCCCGGCCCAGCGCCAGCUUCUGACCCCCCAGGGCCCCACGCUGCACACUGUGGCCCCCUCAGCGGGGCAGCUUGUGGACAGCUCACAGAUUCUCACUGUUCCUCAAAGGCAGCUGAACUUCAGUCCUGUGUUCACCACCCCCACAGGGCAGCUCGCUUUACGCCAGGCCACAGUGCUGUCUGGACCUCUGCAGCUGCAGUCUGCGCCCCCUACUGUCUUCCAGAUGCCAGCGCAGCUCGCAGGGACAUACACGGCUGGGGCCCAGGGGCCACGGGCCACUCUUGUACACAGCCCUGCCAUUGGAAAUCACAUUACCCUGAUCAACAGCACAGGGGUGCUACCCCCAGACCUCACCUCCAUCUCUAUAGUGAAUGGCCCAUCAGUGGUUCAGGGGCUGCCCUUUGCUGCCCAAACCCAGGUCCCCCAAGUGUCCCAGGUCCCCCAGGUGCCCCAGGUCCCUCAGGCCACAGUGACAGAGGCUCAGCUGGGCCUGCAGCAGGCCUCUGUGGUCCUGCUACCGGAGCGGACUGCCCCAGAGGAGAGGGCUCAGGACGAGGCCUUUCACCUGACACAGUCCUAUGGACCAGUGCUGCAGCAGGUGUCAGUGCAGCCUACAGGACUGCAGUCCUCCACUCCCCCCGUGGUGACUGUCCUCCAGACCCCUCCUGAGCCUCCUCUGCCCACUGACCCGGCAGUGGAUCUGCCCAAACUCCUGAUGGCUCCAGCAGAAAUAAGUCAAGUGGUGGAGGAGGUGACCCAGCUGAGCCAGAACCAAGCCUUUAUGCAACAACUGCAACAGCACGCACUUACUUCCCCUCUGUCGUCGGAGCUUCUGGUUGGCGCACUGCCAGUGGUGCCUCUGGAGGCUCUGUCCUCUCCCCAGGACGGGCACAAAGACACAGACCAGUGUGUGGACUCCCCUUUGCCCUCAGACCUGGAUGACUCCUCUCUACUCUGCUCCUCUCCCUCCCCCACAGACCCUCCUCCACAGACUUUUACCCCUCCAGUACAGGACCCUGACACUACAGCGCCCCCUACCCAAAAUGAGACACCUGUCCAGUACCAGCUACAGGCACAAAACGCCUUAUUCACCCAAGAUCAAAUACAAUCCGCUGUGUCAGAAUCUACAAACUGUAUAUCACCUCCCAAAAUCCAAGUCCAGACUUCUCUCCUGUCCUCACGGUCUCAUGUUCAAGUUCAAGUGUCUGUGCCCCAAGCGCAGCCUAUAGUUCUGGUCCCUGAAGUGCAGAUUGCUGCGCGGACCCCCUCCCCUGCGCCUGCCCCGCCCCCUCUCUCUGUGCCUCAGCCUGGUCCCACAGCUGCCAUGAGGGCCCCUUCAGGAGAGCAGCCACACACACAUCUGAAGCCGACUGCUGCCUUGGUCCUGGAGAGUAAAGCCUUCAGUGUCCCCUCUCCUGCAGCUCCCAGUGUCCCAGGGCACAGAUCCUCCCCCCACACAGAGCUUGCCAAUAACCAGGCGGGGCAACCCAACCAGCAGCAAGAUACUAAGUUGGCCAUUGUUGUGGAGCAGCUCACACCAGCACAACGCCGGCACAGGUUCCAGCAACAGCUCUGUUCAGAUCAUACAGCUGUUCAGAGACCCAGCAGCCGCUCGGCCUUCUCCUCUCUACAGGAUGCAGUGAAGGGUUUGCUGCCCUACCACACCUGUGCCGGACCCCUGCCCACCCAGGACCACUUCAGUAUGGUGGACCAGGAGUUUGACACUGUGUCUGGAUUCCUGCUGAAGCGGACCAAGGACAUGGUCAACAAAUACAGGCAGCUACUGCUCAGAGAAGCCCUGCAGGACAGUCCGUCAGCGGAGAUGGUGAUGCUGGAGAGACUCUUCCUUCAGGCUGAGCGCUUCACUUUGGCAGAAGACAGACGGAGAACACGCCGAGAGACAGAGUCUGUGAUGACAGCUUUACCCUCAUCAUCGUCUUCCCCAGAUGAAGCUUCUCCCUCAGGCAGCCCCCCCUCGCCCCCCUCAUGGACCAGACUUUCGGACCGCCCCCCUGGACUUCGGACAUACCGCUCUAGCUCCCGCGGUGGUCUCCGUCUCACCAUCAAACAUGAAUCUGGAUCUAGGAAAGUGGUCCACAACUCAGCCUGUGACCCUGGGCUGAAAAGGAACCACGCGGGGCAACUGACCAAUGGGAGCGGGCGUCACUGUCCAACCCCCAACAAAGCACUGCAACCCAUAUCCAAUGGGAACCUGUCUACAGAGGAAGUCCCACCUCCCGAUUUCAAAAUUAAAACCUCUAUAAAAGACAACAGAGAAGUAAGAGCUCCCAAAUUAAAAUGUUAUCACUUGGAUACAUCACCGGACCAUCCCACACCUAUACAAGAGGAUAACAUGCUUAGUGAACACCUUCAGAGCGCUAUAGAUAGCAUUUUGGAGCUACAGAGGCUCCAAGGCCCCUCUACGGCCCAAAGUAGGGCUUCCUCCGCCCCCUCAUUGGACCAGGCAGUGGCCAGCAUUUUGGAGGGGCAUCUCUGA